AUGAGGUAAUAUAGGAAGCUUUAUCCUUGCUUACAACUUACUCCAGUGUUUUCAGUCAAAAUAAGGAGGACAACUUCGGUUUUGACCAGUCAGAUGAAGAGGAUGAAUGCGAACAAGAACCAACAUCGAGUAAAGACAAGUCAAUGCAGGUCAGUAGACCAAAGCGGGCAUCGAUUGAAUUAGAGACUAGCAUAAAUAAAGUAGAUGAAUACGACUUUAGCAGCCAUGCCAAAAAAGUUAAGAAAGAGGAAGUACCUUCCCUGCGGAGUUGUAAGUCGAGUUUAUUAUUUACUCAUUGUUUAGUUAAACGAAAUCAAAGCCAAGUGAUCAUUACAAAGUCAGGAAGCAGUUACUCUCACAAAUGGGGUGAUCGAGGCGUUGCUGAUCAAGAGUAUGGUGUUCAAAAGUCUGAAACCGGGAGUAACAUCAGUUACAAGUCUCGUCCAAGAACUGACAGAACUCAGGAAGCUGUUGGUCGACUGUCCGGACCCUUAGGAGUUGGAUCAAGCGGUGCGGGAGAUGGAGAAUUUAAGGUUCCUACAUUACCGGCUAGAAUUCGAACAGGAAGCACAUCCGCUUCUUUGGGUAAUGGCAAGAGACCAGUCAGAGAAAGAGCUCCUUCAGAUCAACAGGAACAGGAUGAUUUCAAUUAUUUUAUGGAGACUUUGGAGAGGAGAAAAGUGGAGCUUCGAUUGAAGGAGCUCAGUUUCAAUGGAUUGGUAACUCGAUGUGUUAGUUACCGAUUCAGGAACUAUCUGCGGACUCAUGUGCUUGCUUUUGAUCGAAUUGUUGCUGUUAUGAAGGACAAUAAGGACAGUCCAGUACGUUUACUACAAUUUUUUCGAAUCUAUGUUUAAAAAGUGUAUGUGGCUUGUUUCAGGAGAUUGUUUUACUCGGAGCCGUGAUGUUUUAUAUCAUGUCGCGAGAUCGCAACGAUUUUCCCAAGAAUAAGUUUGUAAUGUCAAUCUUGGUCGACUUGAUUAAACGGGGAAACAUAAAUGAGAACGAUGAAUGCAAAAAGAGAGCAUGGGCCAUCAUUGAAUCGUGGAGGAGCAAAAUCAAAAGAAAAUCGACUUGUGAUUUUGAAGAGAGUACGAUGAACAGCGAGAAUGUGGCUAUUGUUACUCUGGAUUAUUUGGCGUGUAGAAAUGGGGCCAGGAACAACCAAGUACAUGAUGGGCUUAGGGCUGGUGGAGCAUUCCCAUUUUUGGUUGAGAAAGGUGAAUAUCUAGUAGUUGGUUAUGAAUUUUAAAAUUUAGUUCAUUCUGUGAUCAACACUCUUAUAUCCAUGAAAGAUGGCCCGGCAAAUGAACUGUUUUAUCAUUUUAGUCAAUUAGAACAUUUGUUCAGAAUCCAUGAAUUGGUGGGCUUUCCAUUUUUAAUUUUAAUUGUUUUAGUUGUUUAUGAACAGAGAAGUCCAAACAACAAUUACGGGCAUUAAAAAUGGGCAAUUUUUUUAUGCCAUUGAGCGAUUUGUCGACUUCUUUGUAAUUGUAAUUGAUCGUGAUGACAUCCGGGAAAGAGUUAUCCAGACUUUCCUUCUUGCUAUGAGGUCCACUUUAAACGCUUGUAUCAAGAACGGUAAAUGAAAUACUCUUGUUUAAUGUUUCUUUUAGCUAUUUGCAUCGAGAGAUUAGGCGGCAUUGGUCUUUUUAUGCAGAAUACUGUUAUUAUUUUAUGUGAUGUCAUAUCCAAAUUUGACAGUGAGAAGUUCCAUGAUAUAAGAACUCUUGUAAGUUGUUUUUGUAUUUAUUUGAAAUUUGUUGGUUUUUUAGUUAGCAUGUAUCCUCAUUGUUCUGGCUGAACCAAGCUCACGAAACAAAAAAAAAUUGAUGAACAUGAGAGUAAAGGUUUAUGAGAAACAAAUUUCGGUUAUGAAAGCUCUGGCAGAAGUUUACAAUGAACAUGAAGCAAAGGCCAGUGAAUAUGAUGAAAAAUUGAAUGAGAAGUUUAUGGAGGAAAUACCGUUUGAAAAUUCAGGGGAGGAAGAAGACGUAGAGGUCGAGGAGAGAGAUGAAGAGGAAGAUCUAAGUCCAGAGGAGAUAUUACACCGAAUUAAUCGAGCUACGAAAGGAGUUGACAAGGAAGAGAUGGCUAAUGCAUACGCUACUGUGAUGGAGAUGGCCGAAUGCCAUAUGAAUGAUAGUUUCGUCGCUUCGUAUGUGGCCCUUUUGCUUGGAGUUUUGAUAAACAACAACCGGGAAAUAGGAGAACAAGUCAAACAGUUUAUGACCUCGAAGAAUUUUGCAUCUAUUAUUGACCAACUUAGGAGAUUCAACGAUUUUUCUAAACUUUCUGUGAGUAUUUUUUAUUCUCUUUUUAAAAAAUAUUUCAUUAGCUUAAAACGGUUGAUUUAUUUUAGAAAAUUUACGAGAUCACAAACAUUGAGAAUGUAAUUAAAACUUACGAGGCCUUCAAUGAAGAUGAUUAG